AUGGAGAGGAAAAUAGAAAUGGGACAGAUUGUCGAUGAAGAGCAGAAAUGGACGAUUAUAUUUGUGAGAGAGCUGAAGAAGGAGGGUUCUAUAGCUGCACCAAUGGUGGCAGUGACAGUACUGCAAUAUCUUCUGCAACUAGUGUCGAUGAUUAUGGUUGGACAUCUUGAUCAGCUCGCACUUUCCAGCGUUGCAAUUGCCAUUUCUCUCACCAAUGUCACUGGUUUCAGCCUUCUUUCAGGAAUGGCAGGUGGAUUGGAAACCUUAUGUGGGCAAGCAUUUGGAGCAGAGCAAUACCAAAAACUUGGAACCUAUACUUGUACUGCUAUGAUAGCCCUUCUGUUGGUGUGCCCUCCAGUAUGUGUUCUGUGGAUAUUCAUGGAUAAAUUGUUACCUUUAGUAGGACAAGAUCCAUCGAUAUCCCUUGAGGCACAAAAAUAUUCAAUGUGGCUUAUUCCUGCACUAUUUGGUGCUUCAAUUCUUAAACCACUAACUCGCUACUUCCAGUCUCAGAGUCUCAUUUUCCCCAUGCUCCUAUCCUCUUUUGUCAUUCUACUCUUCCAUAUAUGUGCAUCAUGGGGUCUUGUAUAUAAGCUGGGAUUUGGAAGUAAUGGUUCAGCAAUAGCCUUUAGCUUGUCCACUUGGUUAUAUGUGGUAAUGUUGGGUUCCUACGCCAUGUAUUCCUCAGCCUUCGAGAAAACUCGUAUCACAAUGUCAAAAGAUUCUAUCCUUCAUGUCGGAGAGUUCUAUCGCUUGGCUAUACCAUCUGCUGUAAUGGUUUGCCUGAAAUGGUGGUCGUGCGAGCUAAUUAUUUUGCUUUCUGGCCUUCUACCAAAUCCUAAGCUAGAGACUUCAGUUCUUUCCAUAUGCCUUACAAUCUCUACAUUGCACUUCACCUUAUCAUAUGGUUUUGGAGCAGCUGCAAGUACUCGAGUAUCAAAUGAAUUAGGAGCUGGUAAUCCACAAGCAGCUCGAGUAGCUGUUCAGGCCGCAAUGUUUCUCUCAGUCACGGAGGCGCUCAUUGUAAGCACAACUCUCUUUUGCUGUCGUUCUGUUUUGGGACGCGCUUUUAGCAACGAGAAGCAGGUAGUGGACUAUGUAGCAGUGAUGGCACCCCUGAUUUGCCUCUCAGUUUUUAUGGACAGCUUACAAGGAGUACUUUCAGGUGUAGCUAGAGGAACAGGAUGGCAGCAUAUGGGGGCCUAUGCCAAUCUUGGAGCAUUUUAUUUAGUUGGACUUCCUGUGGGCAUAGUACUUGGCUUUCCCAUGCACUUACGGGGGAAAGGCCUUUGGAUUGGAAUAGUGGUUGGCUCUGCUGUGCAAUCAACUCUUCUGGCUUGCAUUACCUGUUUCACAAAUUGGACUAAACAGGCAAAGUCGGCAAGAGAGAGGAUGUGCGCAGAGAGAUCAUCAGAAGACAUGGAAGCAAAAUGAAUGAGAAAAAGCAAAACUCUCUAACAGUGUGUUUAGAGUCAAAUAUGACACUAUUUG